AUGGCUCGAAAGAAGCAACAACAGCCAUCCCACUCGGAAGUUUCUGCUGGGGGCGCCGACAAAGUCAAAGGGAUCGACGCUAUCGUCGGGAGUCAAACCGAAGGCGUCGAAAAUCAAGAAGAAGAAGUCAAGGAUAUAGAUUUUUUGGCACUACUUAACGCCUCUGGAAUCGGACAAAAAAGACCGAGUCCCGCGACAAAUGGUAACGGCGCGCCCGCGACCAAAGUCUGCAAGAAGACGUCAGAAAUCUGGGACCACUACAAGUUACUCAGCGAGAAUCAGAACGUCGAGUGCUCCUACUGCUGGAAAGUCCUUAGAAGGAACGAUAGUAGCACGAAAACUAUGUGGGGCCAUCUGCAAGCCUUCCAUUCGGAUGUGAUCAAGGGAAGUCGCGUCAGAAAGAGCCAAAAAUUGUUGGCCGCUGAAGGAGAGCAGGUUACGCCGCAGUCGAGUCCGCAGGUGUGGAUUUGUUGGAAAUAUAUUGGAUUUAUUCACAAUUUGAACUUUUUAACCCAUUUCCAAAGUUCAAGUGGGAACUUUCUUAGUCAACUUCUUACUUGGUCACUGGAGGCGAAGAAAGCAAAAGAUUUGAUGGAAAAUUUCAACUAGUUUCGAAUGACUUGAGAAAAAAACUCAAUACUUCUGACAGUCAUGACUUAAAACUUGAUAAAAAUAAAAAUAGACGAGAUGAAUUACAGGUUCUUGAACUUUUUUCAAAUUAAUCAAGGACAAAGAUUGGUGCUAGAAUUUAAGGAAAAAUAAAAGAGAAGUGAAAAGUAGUAAAGAAGAACGAGCAACGGACUGGGCGAAAACUUCAACUUUUUUUCUCGCGAAUCUUAGAAAAAUAAGGACAUGAAUCUAUAUUUCAACAAAGGACUUCUGGAUUAGUUCAAAUUGAAUACUUUUUAUAGGAUUUUGUUUUCAUAAAAAAAUAUUCAGACUCCAACGCAGCCCUACGUGAAGCGAGCUCGUGCCGGUGGUAAUAACAAUAACUCACAGGUAACUUUUUUUAUAACCUUUUUUUCCAUUAAAAUGUAUUGUAUAUAAUAUGUUUUGAUUGAUUUUUUUCCAGCAAGAAAGGACGACCGCCGACUCUCUGGCUUCCGCUAUGCAGCAACUCCAGCAGAGUGGACACCUUGGCACUGUAAGUUCGAACCAUUAAAAUGCGAAUGUUAUCGAAAAUUUUCAGUAUAACACGUCGCUGAACUUCUUGGAUAAUUUGCCGAAGUCCAACGAGGUAAUCAACAUCGGCGCCGGCUUCAUCAAGGACGACGAUGAGGAUAAUCACAAUACAGAGGUAACUUUGGAAAAAAGGUUAAAAUUAAGAAAGUUAUUCUGAAGGCCGGAUCUUCAACGGCGUCGGAAGAGCAGCAUCUGUCGACGUCGCCGCUGCGAGACGAAGCCGUUGCAUCGCCGCACGUCUCCGCGUCGGCCAAUUCGCUCGGAAGCCUCGGCGACGACUCGCAGGCCAACAACAACAAUCAAUUCGCCGCUUUCAUGAACAUUGCCGCCGCCAAUCCCAUGAUGCUCGCCAUGUUGUUAGUUUCGAUCUUUUUGAAACAAGUUUUUUUUUUGGGCAGCUUAUGAGAUUGAGAAAAAUGAGAAAUCGGAAAAAUGUUGCUCUUCAGCCUUCGUAAUUGUUAAAACUGCUUUCUGAAAAGUUCCUAUUCGAGGCAGAACCAUUUCACACGAGAACUCAUUUCACUUUGCGGUUUGGUCUUCAUGAAAUCUCGCUAAAACACUCUGAAUGUCUCGAUGAAGGGUCGCUGCCUGCGCAAAGUUCUAGUAUUUAAGAUAAUAAUUUUUAAAGUUUGCGCUUAACACAGAAUUAGACUCCACAAGGGUUUUAUUCAAACUUGCGACUUGGAAUUUUCUAAAACUUUGCUCAAAUAAUAUCCGAAGAUUAUAUCAGGAUCCAUCAAAUUUGCAACCCGCGCCAGCUUCUAGUUUUUGAGAUAAUUAAUUUUGAAGGUCGAAAAGUUAGGCCUAAAACGUUUUUUCGCAAGUUUUAAAAAUCAUAGCUCAAAAACUAGAAGUUUGCGCAGGUAGCGAUUAUGAGGGAUUUUCAUCUAGGCCUUCAAAGAGUGUUCGAGCAGUUUUGUAGAAAUUUCCAAACCGCCAAGUGAAAUGACUCACCGUGUGAAAUAAUUCUGCUUCGAAUAAAGACCGUUCAGAAGAAUUUCUACCAAUAAAGAAGGCGGAAAGUCCAGAAUUUUCGAUUUUUUACAAUUAAGUAGGCGGAUCCAACUUUUUCGAUUUUUUUUUUUGAGAGACGCCAUUUUUUGUGCACUGUUGGGCUGAGGGAACCUGGAAAAUUGAUGCGCUGUAUAUGAUCUAUAACUUUAGUUUUUCGAAAAAAAUUUUGAGGAAGCUCUUUCAGAGGAUCUGCAGCCAAUGUGAUGAACGCGACGACUACAACAACUGCGACGUCUUCGGGCGCGACAACGUGUGUCUCGGCCUCGGCCUCGACGUCGCCGCCCUCACCUCCACACCUUCCGAACGCCUCCAAUGGAGUGCCUUUCACUUUGAGCGAAGGCUCCUGUGCCUCAGUUCUCAUGUCGAUGGCCGUUGAUCUUGACAUGACCUUGUCUUACCACAGGCGCCGGUAAAAAUCUUUCUUUGAACAUCUUUCAAUGGGGAAGGAUUCAGAGUCGACGUCGAGCUGUGCUUUGAGAGCAACCGGACCGCCGAGAAGAGUGGCGGGCGUGGGAAAAUCAUUUGCCUGACCGAUUUGGGCAAGGAGAUUCGGUUGGUUUUUUUUUUUGCAUUACAGAGCUUUUAAAAGUUCCAGAUUCAGAGUAGCCAGCCUUCCAGUUUAAAAAAAGGAAAUGAAGAAAAAAGUUUUUUUCAUUUUCGCGGGUUUUUUUUUUCAAACUUUAAUCUGUAAUGGAUUGAUCCUCUAAAUUCUCAAAACUAACGUUUCAUGACUAAAAAAAAAAUUUUUUUGUCACUUACUUCUAAUCUAUUUUCAGUAUCACGGAACGUAUCAACGGCGCCGUCGUCGACACUGAAAUGUGGACUAAAACUGAUUUCAACCAAUUCCACUGGGCGAUUCGCGGAAAAUGCCAAAAAGCCUUCAUCAAAGCUUGA